GGCGGGGAAAACUUCCGGACCGACGGAAGAACGGGAAGGUUUCGGGAAGAACGUUCGGGCGCGGUUUUCCAUUCGGACGGAAGACACCGAGCUUAAAUGGCACGGUGCGAAAAGCGGUCGGCGCGGCGAUCUCCGAGUGGAUCGAUACGGGCAGAAAAAUCCUUAAUUAACGUUUAGAGGCCGGAAUAAUUAAUAAUUCUCCGGCGGCCGACCCCCUUUUCCCGGGAAGGGGCCUCCUUAAUCUCCGGUGAGGGGAAAGAAGACGGCGCCGGGGAUUUACUUUUCCGCCGAUAGGGGGACGAACGCCCGGAAUAUAUAUUAAAUCGUCGGCACGAGCGCGUUGGCGGUUAACGACUCGUCUGUCCGGCAGAUGUCUGGCCCGUGCUUCGUCUGCGACCGUCCCGUCUCCGACCGGGAGAGCGGGGGUCGGUGGCCGGAAGGGUCGGCUGGGGGAGGCGACUUCUACCACCGGCGCUGCCUGGCCUGCGCCGUCUGCGGGCUCCGGCCCGCCGGCGAGGCGGCCCGGCGUUUGGGAAAAGAGGUGUACUGCCGGGCGCACUACGUCGACGUUACCGGUCGCACCACCGGAGCCGAACUGGCCGAGAAGCUGAGGGAGUUCAAGAGGCAGAGUCUGGGUUGCGCCGAGGCCAGGAGGAAGAGUUCCAGCUCCUUGCACUUUCCGCUUCCGGUGCACGCCUGCGCCGGCAGUCCGCACUGUCCCCUCUAUCCCCACGGCAUCCGACCCGCUCCCGGAUAUUGGGUGGAGUGCUGCAGGGACGACUCCUCCCGUCCGGAGGAGGGCCCGGUGGGACCCUUCCGACUGACCAGCUACCAGGAAGAGACCUACGCCAAGUACUUCUACGGAACGGAACACUGGAACUACUACACCAACGACGAGUCGCUGGGUCCGGUCGUCCUCAGCCUCAAGCAGGAGGUGGUCGACUCCAGGGACCACUUUAGGAUCCUGAUGAGGACCGUCAGUUACAACUUGCACGGCUUGGUUCCCGCUUCCGGUCUCUGCGCCGAUCGCUACGAUCGGGAAGAGGUGGUGAGGGCCAUCGGUCGCCAGGCCGGGCUCAAGCCUCUUCCCAAAUUGGGCCGGCUGCAGUCCACCCCGGACGAACUCGUCAAGUUGGACCAGGCUUUCGUCAAGUCCGAGCUGAAGGUGGGAGUCGUCUACGUCAAGGAGGGUCAGGUGACCGAGGAACAGAUUCUGGGCAACCGCCGGCACGGUCCUCUGUUCGACGAGUUUCUCCACCUGUUGGGUGACAGAGUGCGUCUGAAAGGAUUCGAUCGCUACAAAGGAGGUCUGGACACGGUUCACGAUCUGACGGGGACGGAGUCGGUCUACACCCACUGGAGGAAUAUCGAGAUAAUGUUCCACGUCUCCACUCUUCUGCCUCACGAAGAUCACGAUCCUCAGAAGCUUCAGAAAAAAAGGCACGUGGGCAACGACAUCGUCUGCGUGGUCUUUCUGGAGGCCAGAGACACUAGAUUCUCGCCCGCCUGCAUCAAGUCGCACUUUCUGCACACCUUCGUAGUGGUCCGCACCGACCCGGAAGACCGCUCGGAUCCCACCACCUACCAGGUGUCCGUCGUUUCCAGAGACGAAGUCAAGUCCUACAAGCCUUAUCUUUGGCACCGAUCCACUUUUUCCACGGGUCCCGUCUUCAGGGAAUGGCUGCUGACCAAGAUAGUAAACGGAGAAAGAGCCAGUUAUUCCGCUCCGAAAUUCGUUCGAAUGCAGGAUAGGACCAAGACUCAGAUCCUGGAGGAGAUCGUGGCCAACCUCCACAACCACGCCGAAACGGGACAACUUCCCAAGCCUUACAGGAGGGGUUCGUGGAGACCCAUAGGACACACCAGGCCUUCCAGUCCUCUGCUGGACAGCGUCAGAGACACCUUCGAAAGUCCGGAGCAGCUGGCUAAAGACUUUGCCAAAUCCUUUUGUUCCGACUCCGUUUUCUGCGACGUGGCAUUCAACGUGGGACCAGGUAAACGCAAGACCAAAAUAUACGCCGUCAGGGCCAUUUUAGGAGUCAGGAGCAGGGUCUUUCUGGAGAUGCUGUACGGAUUCAGCACGGGAUUCGGCCAAAACACAUUGACGAUCGAUAAGAUAACGUUGAACGUUCCCGGCAAAUCCAGCAAUUUCCUACAGGUUCCGGAAAUGAACGAAGCUCCCAGGACCAAGAGCGCUCCCAGCAGUCCCAUGAUGAUCCGCGCUUUUUCUAGACUGGGAAACUGGAAGAACUGGGGAUUGGGCAGUCGCAGCUCCAGCAAAGACCAACUUCUUUCGGAACCGGAAGGGCUGAAGAGGUGGCAGAGCGAAUGCAAUUGUAAAGAGAAAACGGAUAAAAACGAAGCCACCUCUCCCGUAGUGUCCUUAAGCGUAUGCGCGGAUGCUCAGAAGAUAGAUAAAACGAAAUUAUCUAAAACUGAGUUUAAUAUCAUCGAGUUCGACAGUGACACCUUUCGCACCCUCAUCGAGUACCUGCACAGCGGAUCCUGUCCUCUCACCUGCGAUGCCAUCCCCGGUCUGAUCUGUGCCGCCGAACACUACGAUCUUCCGGAGUUACUCCAGGCUUGCUUUCAUCAUGUCAAACAACACCUGAGAAUAUCCGUGGUUUGCUCCAUGUUAAACGCUUUGGAAAAUUACUACUGGAGGUACACGGCCGCCACUGAACUGAUGACAAUGAUUCUGCAACACGUGGACCAAAAAGCUUCUCAGCUGUUUUGCAGAAAAGAUUUCUUGAGCCUUUCGGAAUCCAUGCUUCAGACAAUCAUCAGCCGAAAGCUGAACAUCGCCGAAGUUAAGAAAUUCGAAAUCAUGUACGAGUGGGCGCAAAACAAAGUCAAAAACAUGAGAUGCCCAGAUAAACAGGAACUACAAUUCACCAUGAAUAGAUUAAUAAGAGACCUGAAACUGAACGAGAUAUCGCCUGAAGACCUGGUUCAGUACGUUUUACCCACGAAAGUGAUUAGCAAAGAGAAAAUCCUAGAAACGCUGAUGCAGCAGGAAGACUCCGGAAUUUAUUCCAUUCAUCCCUCGUACAUCGAAAAAUGCCAGAAUCAAAACUGUGUUCAACCCGACCUGGUUCUGUCGGCCAAAAACUUUCAGGACAAAAGUCAACAAUGAUUCCGAUAUUUUUGCAAAUCCUGCGGCGAUAAAACGUCUUUUAAUCCUUCUUAAUGAUUCCUACUUGUAAACUAUCGACGUUAUCGCACACGCGACUUUUUAAUUUUAGUUUCCGAUGAAUUAUUUAAUCUCCGCGACAUCCACAGACCAAAGAAAAUAAAGAGGAAAAGCAAACGAAGAAAAAUCGUCUUUGUUUUCUUUUGCCCUUUUCCACCGAUGGAUUUCCGAAGGGAGGUAAACCUUCCCUUACUAAAUAAUGCGAGUUUAAUUACUAUAGCAUCCGGUAACCAUUUAAAUCCUUCUCCGAUUCGGGUAAUCCGGGAUUAAAAAUUGCUAUUUGGGA